AUGGUGGCUAUGGCUCUACGGGCAUUCGUCUGCGUGCUGCUGGUCGCCGUUCAUCGGGUUGCAUCGGACAACGCCGUACAAUUCAGCGAUACUUUCGGAGGCCCCCAUGGGACUGAAUUCUCGGACGAAGCCUCGGUAGUCGCCGGAGAGACCGUGAGCUUCAUCACCAUUCGUGCCGGUGCUCGCGUGGACGGCAUUUCAAUGGGUGUGUCGUCGCCUACAGCCCAGACGUUCACGCACGGAGGAAGUGGCGGGACGGACAACACGCUCACGCUCGCGACGGGCGAGUACAUCACGUCGAUGGUCGCCCAUUGGGGCAAGAAGGACGGCCACACUCGGAUCUUCUACCUCAGCUUCGGUACAAGUGCUGGCAACUCGAUCUCAGGUGGAACGCAGACCGACUCGGCCGGAUCCACGACGGCCCCCGAGGGUUACCAGCUUGCAGGGUUCUACGGUCAAGACGGCGACGAGAUCGAUCUACUCGGUGCGAUCUGGGCGAGCAUUGAUGCGACGACGGAGAGCCCCGCCACGGUCGCCCCUACCAACGAUUCGUCAGCAUCCGCUUCCACGUCGGUAGAGCAGAAUUCUGUGGACCAAACGGACCUGUCAACGUCCGUGGAGCAGAAUUCCGUGACCCAAACGGACUUGCCACCAGCUUCUUCAACGGGUUCAUCGGCUCAAAGCUCGGGGAUGGAUGACGGGACACUCAUUGUAUCUGAAUCUCCGAGCACCACUGCUCCAGCUUCAGCUUCCUCGGGAUCUGCUACUCGCCUAAGCCAAAGCUUCGGUGGACCUCACGGCACGGAAUUCUCGGACUUGUCGCUGGCGACAUCGGGCCAAACGAUCACCUCUCUCACGAUUCGUGCGGGAGACCGCGUCGACGGCCUCACUCUACAAGUGUCAGCCCCGACGGCGCAGACCUUCACCCACGGCGGAACUGGGGGGUCGGACAACACUCUCACGCUCGAGUCAGGCGAGUACAUCACGUCCAUGGAGGUUCACUGGGGCCAAAAGGACGGGCACACGCGCAUUUUCUACUUGAGUUUCGGUACGAGCGCUGGCAACAUGGUUUCUGGAGGAACUCAAACGGAUCAAAGUGGCUCGGUGAGCGCACCUGACGGGUAUCAGCUGGGCGGGUUCUUCGGCCGUGACGCGACCUUCUUGGUGCGAUCUGGACGAGUAUCGACGCCAUUACGGCAAGCUCUGGAAGCUCAGCCACCACCACGACUUGACCUGUACGGCGGUCCCCACGGCGUCGCGUUCUCUGACAUCAACUCCAUCAAGUUCCAGCAAACGGUGAGCUCUAUUACGAUCCGCUCUGGUGACCGUGUGGAUGCCGUGACGCUGCAGGUCACCGCACUGGUAGAGGUUACCAUGAACCACGGAGGCUCAGGAGGAACCGAUGCUACGCUCACACUUGGGGUUGGGGAGUAUAUCACAUCCAUGGAGGCUCAUUGGGGCAAGAAGGACGACCACACGCGGGUGUUCUACCUGAAUUUCGUCACGAAUUUCGGCAACUCCAUCUCUGGAGGAACUCAGACUGAUGACAAGGCCACUGCUACCGCCCCUGAUGGGUUCCAACUCGCUGGGUUCUACGGUCGCGCGGAGGAUGAAGUUGAUCAGCUUGGUGCGAUCUGGACGAGGAUCUUAGCCACGGACCUAUCGCUGUCCGAUGAAGAGACGAGCUCGAGUCUAAUUUACGGAACUACCAUCCGAAACUGGGUGGGCCCCACCAUCGGCGAGUCCAGCGACACGGCGUGCUACCGGAAGUCGGUAGCUUACAACACUACCAAUAUUUGUCCGCUGGGAUAUGGCAAAGACGGUAGCGACUGUGUGGCUCAAUGCCCAUUGUCGUACCCGGUCUCAUGCUCAUUGGAGUGUAUCCCUCAGAACGACGACUGCGCGCUCGAGGUGCUCUCAAAGAUCGGAUCCGUCGUCACUGUGGCUCUAAACGCUGCUACUGCCGGCGUCUUUGGAGAAAUCUACGCAACGUACAAGACCGCCAAGUGGGCUAUCACCUGUGCCGCGAAUAUUAUCACAGUGAUCCGCGGUCUCAUCUACUACCUCCGGUACAGACAAACGUCGGCGCCUGAAGGAGACACAGCGGAACUGCUCGUCGUAGCCUACCAGCUCGACGUGGUGUUGUACGAUCUCCCCGUGGCUGUCUGCACUUGUCUCGGCCUACCCGUUCCCAAGAACGCCAAGUUUGCUGAUAUUGUGCUGAAGGUUGUGGAGGGUAUUGUGAAGCAAGCCAUCACCAACGGCGACGAGAUCGUCUCGACUGCUGAGAACGUGCUGAACCUCCUUACGGGUACUGGGGCUCUGAACACGACCGACUCGACCGUCGAUGAGCUCCAGGACCUCAUGGAUACCAACUCGAGCUGCGGUUAUGAGCUCAAACGCUUGACGGAUCACGUCGUCCGCUCGGUUAAUGAGAUCAGCAACGCAACCCCCGGAGUCAAUGUGGAUGAUAUUCGAGUAACGGUGUACCAGUCGUCCAUCGUGCUGAACGGCAUCCCUGCUGUGACCAACUACUGCAUGGGGGAGCUUCUGGCCAACAAGACGCUCACAGCAGCGUACGAGACGCGCGAUAUGCUGCGGACAACGUUCGGGGUUAUCAUCGACCAGCUCAUUGAGACCGGCACGACGGAUAUGGGCGAAUCGGUUGCGGAAGACGAGUACAUGCUCAAGGUGUCGAACAUGGGGCUUGUUGCCUUGUCGAUGAUUGACCCGACGGGUAUCGCGUACAUGGCGUCGCAGUUCGUGCAGCCGAUUUGUGGACCGACAGCAUAUUUGGGCGAGAUCGACGACGGCACGCUCUACGACGCUCUCGGACUUACGACGGUGGACGAGGCGUUCGAAGGAAGUUACGGCACGUGGACCAAGAAGGGAGACGGAGUUGUCCACCUCAGUUUGGAGAGUGUGGACACCGAAGACGUGACGGUGGUGGUCCACUCGGGAGGCGACACGUACGCUGAGGUGAAAGUCGGAGCGGGCGAGACUGUGACCUGGGACGCCACAAUCCCGGAGCUGCAGGACAAGACCAUGUACAUCGAUCGCUGGCGUCCGGGCCUUCUGGGUCUGCCUGGAUCCGGAGGAGGUUCGCUGGUGCUCUGGAUCCCUCGGUCAUCGCAGGGCGGCCACAUCGACAUGCACGUGCGUAUCAACGUUAGUUAA